GGGCGCAGUCGGAUCAGCGGCGUCGCGCCACGCAGACGCGAAGUUCCGAUCGAGACCUAGCCAAAGAAACCGCAAGAAACCUAGUGGGAUCACGACGAUGGAGAUGGACGCGGGGAUCAGCGGCCGCCGACUGACGCGGCUCCGCACGCUCGGCCGCGGCGCGUCGGGCGCCGCCGUGUCGCUCUUCUCGGCGGGCGAGGAGCUCCUCGCGGUGAAGUCGGCGGGCGGCGCCGCGGGCGCCGAGCAGCUGCGGCGCGAGGGGGGAAUCAUGGCCUCGCUCUGCUCGCCGCACGUGCUCCGCUGCAUCGGGUUCCGCGCCGCCGCGGGAGGGGAGUGCCAGCUGCUCCUCGAGUUCGCGCCCGGCGGUUCCCUGGCUGACGAGGUGGAGAGGAAUGGGGGCCGCCUGGAGGAAGCAGCCGUACGGGCGUACGCAGCGGACGUGGCCAGGGGGAUCGCGUACCUCCACGGGGAGUCCAUAGUGCACGGGGACGUCAAGGGGAGGAACGUGGUGAUCGGCGCCGACGGGCGGGCAAAGCUCGCGGACUUCGGGUGCGCGAGGUGCGUGGGCUCGAAGGGGCCGAUCGGCGGCACGCCGGCGUUCAUGGCGCCGGAGGUGGCGCGCUGGGAGGAGCAGGGGCCGGCGGCCGACGUCUGGGCGCUUGGAUGCACCGUCAUCGAGAUGGCCACCGGCCGCGCCCCGUGGAGCGACAUGGACGACGUGGUCGCGGCGGUGCGCAUGAUCGGGUACACGGACGCCGUGCCGGAGGCGCCGGAGUGGCUGUCGGCGGAGGCGAAGGACUUCUUGGACAAGUGCCUAAGGCGAGACGCCAGCGAGCGGUGGACGGCGGCGCAGCUGCUGGAGUAUCAGUUCUUAGCAUCAGCUGGCUGCGGCGUCAAUGCAGAGGAUACGAAGGCCAAGUGGGUCUCUCCCAAGAGCACGCUGGAUGCCGCAUUGUGGGAGUCGGACGCGGAUGACGAGGAUGAUGAGCAGCCAGAGAGCGCCGCCGACAGGAUCAGGGCAUUGGCAGGCCCCUGCUCGGCCUUGCCAGAUUGGGAAUCCGACGAGGGUUGGAUCGAAGUGUGCAGCCUUCGCUCCGAACUUCCCGACGCAGCGGCCGCCGCCCAAGAAGUGAAAUUUCCGACGCACGGUGAAAUUUCCGACGCGGCGGUGGCGACGUCGUCCGAGCAGAUGCACAGUGACGUUUCCGAUCUGCCGAUGGCUGCGACGGCUGUGGAGACGAUGCACUAUGCAAUUUUUUGGGGUGACGAAUCGGAAGCAGAAGCUAAGGCUGAGGUUUUUGGUGCUGACUUGGAUGCCGGCGAUGACCCCCGGCACAAUGUAGGAGCUGCCGAUGCCUACGCGCAUCAGCAACAGCAAUAUAUUCAUGCGAAUUUCACUAGUGAUCGAAUUGUACUCCAUCUCGAUAUUUCUGAUGAAGAAAUAGUAAAAACUCUUUCCGUGGUCAAAUCGCCUUUGUUUCUCUUCCUCCUCCUCUUAUCGUCUUUUAGCUUGCUUUUUUACUGACUCCCACUGACAAAC